UCUUGGAUGCUAAACAUUACAAAAUCCAAAGAAAAAACACAAACCCUCGGCAGUUCCACCAAACUCACCCUCUUGUUUCGGUUCCUUGUCUCUUUCGAAGAAAAAUGAAGGCGUCAUUGAAAGGCAGAUACACUAAUGACAAGAGCACCGCCGCCGUUACCCUUUUCGUCAACGCCGGCGAUGCCAAGCUCCGCGCCUCUAUGACUGAUGCCACUGUCGUCAAGGGUCCCAGCCUGAACGGUUUGACUCUUGCCGUUGAGAAACCCGGCUUCUUCAUCAUCGACUAUGACGUCCCCAAAAAGGAUUUCCGGUUUCAGUUUAUGAAUUCAGUUAGGGUUGCGGAGAAGCCGUUGAAGCUGACUUAUAUUCACAGCAGAGGGGACAAUCGGACCGUGGUGGACGGGUCCCUGGCUUUUGAUUCUGCUAACAAGCUGUCGGCUAAUUAUAUGCUUGGUACGAGGAACUGUAAGCUCAAGUACAGCUACGUGCACGGAGGGGCUACAACUCUGGAGCCAUGUUAUGAUUUUGGGAAGAAUGCGUGGGAUUUUGCGAUUUCGAGAAGACUGUAUGACGAUGUAUUUAAGGCAACGUAUCUGACAUUGAGCAAGGAUUUGGCCUUGGAGUGGUCGAGAAAUUCUAAGUUCAAUGGGACUUUUAAGAUUUCAGCAUCCGUCAACCUGGCUGAAGUAACUAAUCCAAAGAUUAUUGCGGAGAGUUCUUGGGAUUUGGAACUGUGAUGUUGUUCAUCAAUUGUUUAUUUGCUUGUUUGAAUCAUACAUUUGGACAAAACAGCUUAAUGUAAGCUCAAAACAUAAUGGUGUUACUUUUACCAAA